AUGUCUUCCAGACGUGAUAGUGCCGAUUACGACGGAGUGAGUGUUUCCCCCUCAGUAUUGCUUGUCAUUGGAGAAUUCAUCGCUAAUCAUACUUCCGACAAGGCGUCUUUCGACGAUGCGACUGAAGUACAGGAUUCUACCAUUCACAACCUCUCCCUCUCCAUCCCCCAGAGUGCGUCAACACGUUCCCUAACAGACAGUUCUCCGAGCGGCUCAGGCGCCACCCCCCAAUUUACCGAAGCGCCUUCCUCCCCCCCCGGUUCUCAGGACGAGAAGCAGAAGCAGAAGAAGGAUGAUGAUGGGAAUACAUAUGAUUUAAAGUCGGAGACGCAGUCAGAGGCAGAGGAAACGCCUCGCAAGACCAAAUCACCAAAGUCCCCCUUGUUGACGGCUCACCGGCUAUCGACGACUUCCCUGGAUGAGGUGAACCUUGCCACCAAUCAUUUGGAUGAUGUUGCACUGCAGAACCACGAUCUGGGCCAGGAGCCCCUGGCCGAUGCUCCUCCGCUACCUGCCAGAAAUUCCACGUCUUCAGCUGCAAACAUGUCCAUUCAGGGGUUGUCCGGCAAUCUGCCUCCGGUUCCUUGGGGUUCACCACCAGUGAAUAAAGCCCCGGCCCCAGCAGCGCCAACGCCCGCACCAGCUCCACCCAUCACAAGGAAGCUCACCGGUCCAUUUGCUUGGCUAUCCCGGAGCUCAACAGCGAGCCGCGAGGUCAAAUCGCCUCCUCCACCGACUAGCCGUCGAAACACUGCCGCGUCUGUAUCGACUUUAUCCAGUAAUCCCGAGAUGGCGCAUCGCUUACAAGAUGGCGAGGAUAUUGAUGGAUCAGGGACCAGAAGACCUAGGCGCGGUAGCCUGAAGGAUCAAUUCAAAUUACUCAGGAUGCGGGAUGAAGGACUAGUUUCGGAGAACGACGAAGCAAGUGUCACGUCAGGACGGGCAAGCAUCAGUCACUCCGCUGGAAGUCCUCCACCGAGUAUUCCCGAAGAAGAAGAACAUGUUUCUCCCCCUCUGGCAUCGCCGCCUAAUGUGCCAGCCACGAUCAACCCCAGCCUUCCUCCUGGAACAGUUUCGGGAUUCUCGGCCUCUGCGAGUGAUGCGUCCGCGCCAGUGGACUGGGAGCUCUGGCAGCAACUUGUGAAUCAUGGCCCGCAAGCGCUUAAAGGCGCGAACUCGGAGGAGUUGAAUGCGGCCAUCAAGCGAGGAAUUCCACAGACCAUUCGAGGGGUGAUCUGGCAAAUUCUAGCUGACAGCAGAAACCCAGAGCUCGAGGAGGUCUAUAGGGAACUCGUUGUUCGUGGCACCGAUAAAGAAAAGCAACACCUGUCUAAUGGUACAACGAACGGACUUGGAGAGCGGGAGUCUCUCGCGUCUUCUCGCUCGUCUGUCCGGUCGGAAACAUCAAGCUCAAACCAUGGCUCUUUCCCCAGUCCAUCCCAAGAGAUCGAUUCCGAGAGACUGGCCAAGGAGCAGGCGGCCAACGAAACAGUUCGUAAGAAGAAGGCUAAAGAGGAUGCCGCGGCUCUUCAGAAGCUGGAGAAAGCGAUUCGUCGGGAUUUGGGCGCACGAACCAGCUAUUCCCGUUACUUCGUCUCUCAAGGCAACCAAGAAAGCCUGUUUGGUUUAUGCAAAGCGUAUGCUCUCUACGAUGAGGCUGUGGGAUACGCACAGGGGAUGAACUUUAUUGUCAUGCCACUGUUGUUCAAUAUGGAUGAGGCGGAGGCUUUCACGUUGAUGGUGAAAUUGAUGAAUAAGUAUGGACUUCGGGAAAUGUUCAUCCAUGACAUGCCUGGUCUUCACCGCAGUCUGUACGUCUUUGAACGUCUCCUUGAGGACUGGGAACCAGCACUCUACUGCCACCUUCGCCGGCGAGGCGUCCACCCCCAACUCUAUGCAACUCAAUGGUUUUUGACCCUUUUCGCCUACCGAUUCCCUUUGCAGCUGGUCCUCCGUAUCUACGAUCUUAUCUUUGAGGAAGGCCUCGAGAGUGCUAUCCUCAAGUUUGCCAUUGCCAUCAUGCGGCGCAAUGCUCAGACUUUGCUGACAAUGAAAGACAUGACGCCUUUGACUACUUUUCUCAAGGAGCGCUUGUUUGACAUUUACAUCGACAAGCAGCCAUCGCCAUCUUCACUGCUCGAGUCCGGGUUUUUUGGUAGCUCCGGGGCUGCGGAUAAGGAGGUCUACCGUGCCGACAUCAUGGUGCAAGAUGCCUGUGCGAUUACUUUGGCUCCCGAGACAAUUCGUGCCUACACUGCGGAAUGGGAAGAGAAAGAACGAACGGAAAAAGAACGUGAAGCGGAAUUGGACAGUCUCCGGAAUACGGUGGCCAGCCAGAGUGCUCGGAUCCGAUCGCUAGAAGAGCAAGCCGAGGCAUCCGACAAAGAGCAUGUACAGCUUGCGUCUGAGCUCGUUCACAUCAAAGUGGAAAACGAGGAAUUGACUGACAUCAAUGAUGCUUUGAAACUCCAGGUUACCGAAUUGAAAAUCGUGGUGGACAAGCAACCGGCGGAGGUUGAAGAGAAGCUUCGCACCGAAAUGGACCGCAUUAUGAAGCGCAACCUUGAGGUUCAAAAUGAGAAUCGAUCGCUGUCUGAGCAAAUGGCAGAUAUGGAGCGCGAGCUCGUAGAGGCGAAGAUGAAAUGGGCGGAGAUCCACGAAGAACAUGAAAAUUUGAAACAGAAAUGGAGCGAUCUCCGCAAAGCUUUGGAUUAG